UUUACUACCUCUAGUAAAAAACAACUGGGCUGGGGUUAAAGUAUCAGCCCAAAGUCCUGAACAAAUAUGGAGUGGCAAGUUCUGCAUGCCAGCUUUAAAUUCAGAGCAAGCAUCGUCCCGUAAAACCAAACAUGGCAUCUUCCAUGAGGAGCUUGUUUUCUGACCACAGCCGCUAUGUCGAAUCUUUUCGGAGAUUCCUCAGCCAUUCCACGGAACACCAGUGCAUGCAGGAAUUCAUGGACAAGAAGCUGCCAGGCAUAAUAGCAAGGAUUGGGGAUGUAAAAUCAGAAAUUAAGAUUCUGAGCAUAGGAGGAGGUGCAGGUGAAAUUGAUCUUCAAAUUCUCUCCAAAGUCCAGGUUCAAUUCCCAGGAGUUCAUAUCAACAAUGAAGUAGUUGAACCAAGUGCUGAACAAAUCACCAAGUACAAAGAGCUUGUAGCCAAGACAUCAAACCUCGAGAACAUAAAGUUUGCUUGGCAUAAGGAGACCUCAUCUGAAUAUCAAAAUAGAGUGAUGGAGAAAAAAGUGCUUCAAAAAUGGGACUUCAUUCAUAUGAUUCAGAUGCUGUAUUAUGUAAAAGACAUCUCAGCUACCCUGAAAUUCUUCCAUGGUCUCUUAGCUACAAAUGCAAAGAUGCUCAUUAUUCUUGUGUCAGGAACCAGUGGCUGGGACAAGCUGUGGAGAAAGUAUGGAUCCCGUUUACCCCAAAAUGACCUUUGCCAGUAUAUCACGUCCUCUGACCUCACUGAGAUGCUGGAUGGCCUAGGGAUUAAGUACGAGUGUUACGAUCUUCUGUCCACCAUGGAUAUAUCUGACUGCUUCCUUGAUGGGAAUGAAAAUGGAGACCUGCUUUUGGAUUUUUUGACAGAAACCUGCAACUUUACCACAACAGCACCACCUGAUCUCAAGGCAGAACUUAUGAAAGAUCUACAAGAGCCCGAGUUUAGUAUUAGGAAAGAGGGGAAGAUUCUAUUUAAUAAUAAUCUGAGUUUCAUAGUGAUUGAGGCAUAGCUAUCAAUGAACAGGGUAGAUUCAAAAUUAUAUUUUGAACAAUGUUAAUCAAUCAUUUAUUUCCAUAUUAAAAUUACUAAAUAGGUUUCAUCGAAGAGACAGAGCAUUGUCUCAUAUAUAACAUUUAGAAAAUUCCAAGAUAUUCCUAGUCUUCCAUGCAGAUUCAUGUGAGAUACUGCUGGAUUUAGCAUGUUGUCCCUCCAUAUAGAUACCAUAUGUAGGCUAACGUGGGACAACUGAGUUUCACUGGUGCAUUGUCACUAAAAUUCUUUCAUUUUGCUGAUUGUAUUGGAGUUUAUGAGAAUACUAAUGAAAUAUAUGUUAUAGAUUCUUUGAAUACAUGUGAAGUAUAUAUGUUUAUUGGUACAUUGCAUACUAAGAAAGUAUUUUAAUUGAUAUUUUCCUUGUUGUGAAUAAAUGCAAGAGUAAAAGUC